UCCGCGCGGCCCGCGGGUGCGGAGGGGCCUCUGGAGGGGGCGGGUUCGCUCGAGCCAGAAAGCCCGGAGCCGCCCAGGAAUCUUGGCCUGGACGGCGCGCAUUUCCUCCCGAGCGAGCGGGCGGCGCGAUCCCGGGGAGGCGGCGGGCAGUCGGCACCAUGCGGCCCCUGCUGUGCGCUCUGGCCGCGCUCGCCCUGCUCCGCGCCGCGGGCGCCAACGGCAGCGCCUCCUUGAGGAAGCCCACCUGGACUGUCGGUGAGCCCACAGAGACAACCGCUGACCCCUCCAUCCCCUCCAGAGGAGACCCAGCUCGGAGCACGGGGUGUGACACACACGUGGCUGUCCUCGGCCGCUUGGACGUCAUAGAGGAGACGGUGGAGAAGACGGUGGAGCACCUGGAGGCCGAAGUGAAAGGCCUGCUAAGCCAGCUGGAGGGGCUGGCCUGGAACCUGCCCCCGGGGCCCUUCAGCCCGACCCCCGACCUCCUGGGAGAUGAUCAUUAGUGAGUCGGGAGAUGGAGUUGCCCAGCAGCUGGAAGUAAUACACCUGCCCGACAGCUCUCCUCUGAGCCUUGCCUCUGGCCUUCCUUCCUCAGCUUUGUGCAAAUAAAAGCUACUCCUUUGACCCCACUGACAGAGUGGACCCUACAGCGGCAGCCCUUCUCCACCUACCCCCACGCCCUGAGGCCCACAUCCCCCUGGAGGCUUGGGCCUGGGCACCCCCCAGCCCGGCUGUGCUUCAGCCCUCCUUCUUUACAAGGCAGGAUUGGUUCACAGAGGUGAGGCACCUGAAGCGGAGAAUCAUAAGAUGACUCAGCGGAAGGGCCCUUUGGGGAGCCUGGCUACUCAAAGUAUGGGCUCCCCUGGGAGUUAGUCAGAAAUGCAGAGUUUGGGGCCCCAAUCAAACCUCCUGAAUCAGAAUUUACAUUCUAAUGAGACCCACCAGGGGAUUUGUGUGCCCAUUAAGGUUUUUAAAAAGAUUUCUAUUGAGGUAACAUUCACCCAGCACAAAAUUCAAAGUUGGAACCAUUUUAAGCUGUACACGUUCAGUGGCUUCGCAAGGUUGUGCAGUCGUCGCCGCUCUGAUUCCAGGUCAUGUCCAUCAGCCCAGAAGGAAACCCUGUCCCUGAAGCAUCGCUUCCCGUUUCCCCUCCCGCCGCCCCUUGGAAACCACUGACAUUUCUGUCUCCGUGGACUUGCCUGUUCUGGACAUUUUAAAUAAACCGUCUCAUACAAUA